GGUAAUUUAUAUGGUGCGAGAGAAAUUUAGAUAUAUUGUGUUUACCACACAUUACAAUACUGCAAUUACACCAGCGAUUAUUCACAAGGGAAUACACAAUUCAGCCAAUUCAAUUCUGAGUGACUGGGAAUAUGCAAUGACUAUGCCAAAACUAAAAAUUGCUGAGUAUUAUCCCCAUUUGGGUAUAGGCAUAAUCAAAGUAUUUUUAAGUGGGGUAGAGUCUAUUCAAAAAAUAUUUAGGCAAAUGAUUGAAGUAAAUGAUUUAAUAAUACGGUGUGAGAUUAUAAGGACAACAGGAAUAAUAAGAAAGGCAAAGAAAUGGAUAUUAAAAAAUAAAGCAAUAAGAAAUUAGAGCAUAGUGAGUGAAUAUUUACAAAAACUAUUUGUUAGAAUAA